AUGAUGCAAAGUGCGGCUGUUCUACCAACAGAGAGUCCUGUGAAGGGUCUACCGGAGAUACUCGGUGUGCCAAUGCAACAAAUCCCCCAGUGUGCGAGCUGUAGUCAACACAUCCUCGACAAGUUCAUCCUGAAGGUGCUGGACCGCCACUGGCACUCCAAGUGCCUCAAGUGCGCCGAUUGUCAAGCGUUGCUGGCAGACAAGUGUUUCUCGCGGGCGGGAAAUGUGUACUGCAAAGAGGACUUUUUCAAGCGGUUUGGAACAAAGUGUGCGUCAUGCCAACAGGGGAUACCGCCGACCCAGGUGGUGCGGAAGGCCCAGGACUUUGUGUACCACCUGCACUGCUUCGCCUGUGUCAUGUGCAGCCGGCAGCUGGCCACUGGGGAUGAGUUCUACCUCAUGGAAGAUGGCAGGCUGGUGUGCAAGGAGGACUACGAGACGGCCAAACAGAAUGAUGAUUCAGAGGCAGGUGCAAAGCGACCACGAACCACCAUCACAGCCAAACAGCUGGAGACCCUUAAAAUCGCCUACAAGAACUCUCCCAAGCCAGCGCGCCACGUCCGCGAGCAGCUCUCCUCAGAGACGGGGCUGGACAUGAGAGUAGUGCAGGUGUGGUUUCAGAAUCGUCGUGCAAAAGAGAAGCGUCUGAAGAAGGACGCAGGGCGGCACCGCUGGGGUCAGUUUUACAAAAGCGUCAAACGUAACCGAGGGGGCAACAAAGUGGAGAAGGAGAGUUCAGCAGACGAUGCGGGACUGAGCGACAGUGAGCUCAGCUUCAGAGACGACCAGAUCCUGUCAGACCUGGGCCACACCAACGGUCUAUAUGGGAGUGUGGGCGACGUGGCCAACGGAGGCUUGUUGAACGGAGGCUUCUCUCUGGACGCUGCUGGACAACCCUAUCAUGACAUUCAGCCGGGCAGUCCCUACGGCCUCCCCCAGUCGCCGUCGUCCAUCGCCUCGCUGUCCGGCCACACCCCGCUGCUCAACAACCUGGGCUUCACCAUGGACAGCAUCAUGAUCCAGGGGGGGCAGGGUGGCGUGGGACAGGCUCUCAGGGCCAUGGCAGGAGGCCCCACCUCUGACCUCUCCACAGGGAGCAGCACGGGCUACCCAGACUUCCCCACCAGCCCUGCCUCAUGGUUGGACGAGAUGGACCACUCCCAGUUCUGA